AUGGUGGAAGUGGAGUCGCUGACGUUGAUUUCAACGAGUUGCUCAGUCCUCUCAUUGAUCCUCUGCAUCCUAAUUAUGCCAGAAUUGUACUCAAAUAUUGAUUUGUUGCGAGAUGAAGUGGCCGACGGCGUGAAUCAGUAUCGGCUGGAGACGGACGCUGCUUGGAUUGAAUUGUUGGGUAUGCAACUUAAUCUGGGCCCACUGACGAGGCGGCGCGAGAACCCAUUCGCGUCUGUGUUUCGGCGAAAACGACAGGCCGAGGGUUUGCCGGUAGGUGGUCAUGGAUAAUAUAAAAUUAAAAUUUCGGCUUGAUAUUGUGAGAAACAUUGAAAAUUUUUGAAAAUCUAUGUAUUAGGGGUUAUUACACGUAACUUCCAAUAAUUUUUAAUCGUUUCAAAUCAUCUUUGCCAAAAUUUGGGUCCCACCACGAAAACUUGAAAAGUCCUGGAAAUCUGUGUAAACCGGCGGAAAUGAGAUUUUUCACCUUCGGGAGGCUGUUAGAAAGCAUUCUACUGCCAUUAAGCCGGUCUAUAGCAUAUUAUACAUUAAAAUUUGGGUCCCACCACGAAAACUUGAAAAGCCCUGGAAACCCAUCUAAAUCGACGGAAGAUUUUCUAUGAUCGGAAGGCUCUUAGAAGACGUUUGACUUCCAUCAAGCCGCUCUAUACCAUAUUAUACAUAAUUUAUUUUGUCAAGACACCAUCAAUUUACAUUUUACCCCCCAAAAAAAUUCAAUUUUCCAGGCGUGGUGUCAAUGUGAGCUAUCGAAACCGCAUUGCGCCCCAGGACCAGCCGGUCCUCCUGGCCCCACCGGUCCAAAGGGCCGGCCGGGAGAACCUGGCACACCAGGCGAAGACUUUUUGUCCACCACAACUGUGGAAAUUUGUGAUCCACCGGAGAAGUCGUGUAUUCAGUGCCCACAUGGAGCACCUGGCCCAGUUGGAGAAGAUGGAAUUGCUGGUCCGAAGGGCCCUGAGGGUAAAUAUUUUUUUAAUUUAAGAGAAGCUUUUAUUUGAGAGGAAUUUUUGAAAUAUUUUUUAUUCGCGAAAAAAGACGUUGGGAUUUCUGCGACUCCGCACCGUGCAUUUUGCGCGAUAAUUGCGUCGCUCUCCGAAAAAAAUCAUUUUGCACCGUGCAACAGCCGAAAAAGUGAGUUUGCACAGUGCAAUUUCGUUUUUUUUGCGCUAUGUCGCGCGCGACUCCCAUUUAUCGCAGCGAUAACUUCAACGCGACGUACGAUGUCGCGGUCCGAGCAGACAUGAGAAUUUGUCGCGGUCGGGGUCCGCGACAAAUUCCCAGGACUUUUUUGUCGCAUCUAUCGGUCUGUCGGGAAAAUAAUGAGCACCCUGUCGCAUCGCCGCCGAGAAAACGAAUUUUGUCGCGAAAAAAUCAAAGCUCUUUUUCUCUUCAGCGACACGAUUGGCGAUACGACAUUGUGCUCAAUAUUUUCCCGACAGACUUCUAAAAACAUCUUUUCAGGAGAGCCCGGAGUCCCAGGCCCUCCGGGAAACAACGGCAAUCCCGGCGCCGCCGGCCCGCCUGGCGACACGGGCUCAACAGGCGAGCGCGGCGACCCAGGAGAAGCCGGCCACGAUGGCGACGAUGGAAUCACCGUGAUUCGUCGAGCCGGCCCCAAAGGUGAGCCGGGCGCGCCCGGCAGGCCGGGCCGUCGCGGAGUGGUGGGGCCGGAUGGAGAGGACGGCGCUCCCGGCCCGAGAGGACCUAUCGGCCCGGUGGGAUUGCCAGGACCGGCGGGUAGUCCGGCGAGAAGAGGAGCUCCCGGCAAUGCAGGGAUCCCUGGAUCGGAUGCUGCUUACUGUCCAUGCCCGCCAAGAUCGUCAGCGUUUUUCGAAUCCAAUCCCACCAAAAAACCGUGCAGAACGAGGGUUUUCCAUGGCCAUAAAAGCUUGUAA